CAACGUACUCGUCAAAGUUUCAACGCUAUCGUUUUUUUUUAACUAUGUCACCCACCGCCACUCAAAAAGCACUUCAUCUGCCUGAGAUCCUCGAUAUUAUAGCACGUGCGAUCCCCACAUAUGACCCAUCUAGUCCACCUCCCAGGUUUUACACUGCUUAUAAUAUGCUUCCCUGUCUCCUUGUUUGUCGUCUAUGGUACCGAUGCUUCCUACCUCACCUUUAUUGCUACUGCAUUGAGCAUUUCAUCGACCCUCCUCAUCUCGCUGCGUUCAGAUCCCGCUCCCAUUUGUUUCGUUGGUAUGAGUCCUAUGGUAAAAUAAAGGAUGAUGAUUUACCAUUUGAAAAGCACGCUCCGCCUACAAACCUUGUUGGGUUGGUUCUUCAUGAGCUCACCGAUACGUUGUCGGGCCUACUUUGGGUCAAUCAAGGGUCACAGUUAAAACAACUCACAUGGCCAGGAUAUUUUAUGGUCAAAGAAAUCGCACUGCCAUACCAGAAAGCACUCAAGAAUCUGCCUUGUUUAGAAGAAUUAGAUUUGAAGCGAUGGAUCAUGAACAAUGACCUGCUUUACGACAUCUUUGUUACUUCAAGAGGAUCGCUAAGAACCCUGGUAAUGGAGUCAAUAGCUGGGUUUGAUAAGAACUUAUUUUUUUCCGCUUGCGUAAACAAUAAUAAUAUCACGAUCACGAAAAACAGUAAAAAUUGCAACGGUGGUAUAAUCAAUGACAGCAACAACGAAAGCUGCUCCAUUAGUAUAGAAAAGCCGCUACUUGAGCUCCCUCGCCUGACACGUCUGCAGAUGUUACUAGACUGGAGUCAGAGCAGGGCUGCAGUGCUGUUGCCCAGCAUCUGUCCUGCACUUGAAUCCCUCCAGCUCACCGUCGAUAUUGAAGAAUUUGACCUAAAGCAAUUGACGGCAACCUUACGAGCGUAUUGUCCUCGAUUGAAGGAGCUGACCUACAUUGAAGGAUACUCGAUGCGUCACAAGUAUGGAUAUUUCCCGGACGCAGCCACCUAUGCGUCUUUAUUUAAGGACAGCGCUCAACACCUACAAUCUAUAAAACUUAGUCUACCCGACGGACUGGAUUCAUACAUGCUGGGGGCAAUUUUGGAGCAUGCAUCGACGUUGGAAUGUAUACGACUAAGCUGUAAUUUCCGUAGAGAGGCAUGGGAUAAUGACAAUAUUCCGUCGCUUCAAAUGCCUGCACUUGUUAAAAUCUUAACUAGCUGCGCUCAAUUAAGGAAACUAAAGGUCACUGGUAUGCAGUGCCACAUCCAAGAAUUCAAUAUCUUGAUGGAUGAACAGCAGCCUUGGGCCUGUCGACGCCUCGAGAGCUUGGUCUUGGAUGGAUACCGGACUUCGGGAAGUACUAUCACUGUUGGUAUGUCUGAAAAUACGUCAGAUGGACCUGAUCCUGCUGUAAGGAAAAUGGUGUCGAAGGAGCCACUCAAGCUGUGUCAUCAUGAAUAUCGAGACGAAGGAUGGUUUUUAACUCCAGGAUUGGAUUCUACAGAAUUUUGUAUGGCAGUCAUGGAUGGACCGAUGAAACGGCGAUUUCUUUCAUACCUGAAUAACACCAGUAGUAACAAUAAUGGUAAUAACGGCAAUACAGGGCCAGUUGAGUCAUCGUCAUCAUUAUCAUCAUUGCCAUUCAGCCAUGGCCUCCAUUUACCUGUAUUGAAGACUGUACAAUUAAAUGAGACAGUGUUUUACAGAGAGGAGCAGCUGUUUUUGCGCGAAGAGGAUGAAUAAUAUGGUAUGAAUGUGGCAGAAGGACUUGUCGUAGAUUUCCGGAG